AUGGAACGUACGUCUUUUUCGUCUAAUAAACAAAUCGCAACUAAAUAAAAUAAAAUAGUUUGAAAAUACUUUUUUGGAACAAUUUUAUUUCUAAGGAAUGUAAUAAUAACCAUAGAUAUUUAAUUUUUAAUAUUUAUUAUUCAGUCGCUCGCGUGCAUCGUUAGAGAUAUGACAUAUAUCAUAUUCUCUGCUAAUAGUAUUUAAAUUUACUUCGUAUUGUGUCUAAUUUCAUCGUGUUUAAUAUCAUUUGAUUUGGAGUGAAGUUCUACUUCUCAGUCCGGCUUCAUAUUAAUCUUUCAGACACUCUCCAGCCUCCAUUCUCGAAAAAUCAGGUAAUUUUAAUUAUAUUAUAUUAUAUAUAUAUAUAUAUAUAUAUAUUAUCAGUUUAACCGUAUCUAGCCAGUUAAUUACAUUUUCGCACCGAACUCCUCGGCCUAGCCGGUGGAAGUUCAUAUCUUAUCUCAACAUUCCAUAAUGAGUAGUACCACAAAUAAAUAUACGGCUAACGUACGCAAUACCUAAUCAAAUACUACUAAAGCCAAGUUAUCAUCCUCCACUAAUCCUAAUCACAUAUCCAGUGAUUCAAGUUCAUUAAACGAAGUCUUUCCCGAUGUUAAUGAUUCAAACACCAAAUUUCAAACGACCAAAUCAAAAUCGAAACGUUCUCAUCCUUCUACUAGUUCUUCUGAAAAAGUAUAUAAAAUAACGAAACCUGUUUUUGUCAGUACAAACAGAUUUAAUAUUCUCAACACUAGCGAUAAUUUAGACGACUCUGAAAUACACAAUGUGUCCAAAAAUAAUCCUGACAGUAUUACCGAACAAAUAAAUUCGCUACCUCCACCGAUUUUUGUACGCAAUGUCGGAAAUUUCAUAGAACUCCAUAAUCAUUUAAUAAACCUUGUUGGCUCAGACAAUUUAUUCUUCAAAUCCUCCGCAAAUAAUUUAAAAAUUAGUACAAAAACUUCAGACUCCUAUCGAGCAGUCAUUACGUAUUUAAAAUCCGGAAAAGCCGAAUAUUACACUUACCAAGCACAUGAUAACAAGGCAUUUCGCAUUGUCAUCCGAAAUUUACAUCCCACUACAUCAACUACUGAAAUUGGCUCCGAUAUCGAAAGUUUGGGUUACAACGUCCACCAAGUCUCAAAUGUCUUAGACAAAUCUAUCAAACGUCCAUUCCCGAUAUUUUUCGUCGACCUCGAACCCGCGCCAAUCAAUAACGAGAUAUUUAAUCUUACUUCGAUACUUCACACCAAAAUAAAAAUAGAGGAGCCCUACAAAAGACGCGAAAUAAUACCAACUGCCAAUAAUAUGACCACUCGAAAGGCUACUGUGCUCAUCAUUCUAGAUGUGUACGUUGUGCUGCCUUUCAUUCCACUUCUGAAUGUUCCAAAUCAACCAGCACUCCAGCCACCUGUGUCUUAUGUGGGAGAGAUCACCCUGCUAACUAUCGUGGCUGUCCAAUCCACAAAAACCUGCAGAAAGCUAAUCAAAAACCAAAUAAUAAUCCAAAAAAUUUGUUUAAUAAAAAUAUUGCUGUAA